AUGACGGUGUGUCGCUCCAGCUGCUCCGUCGACUGCAAAUCGUACGACCUGCCUCUCGGCGUCUGCUACUCACCACCUCUGCUCUUCCCGGGCGACCCGCAGUGGGGAGCGGGCGACGUACUCGACCAAUGCGACGCGGCCGCCGGCAUCCUCACUCGCACCCUCUACUCCUCCUCGGGCGGAACCUGCCGCGGCGGCGGCAGCCCGGUGCAGGUGCCGCUGGACGUCUGCGUGGGGCCGUUUGGACCGCCUCGACCGUCCGGCUCAUUCCAGUGCCUCGACACCCCUGGCGGCGGAGCAACGCGCGCAGGCGGCGGCGUCGCCCGCCCGCUGGGGGGUGGGUUCGGGUACCGUGGGGUGGGGGAGGGUGGGUUCGGGUACCGUGGGGUGGGGGAGGGUGAACGCACCCGCCCGCUGGACUCGCGGAACGUCCACGGCCGUCUCGAGCCGCCGACCGCUGCUCGGGCAAGCGUAGACGCAGCAGUGGUCGGCGAUGCAUUCCGUGUCGGUGCUGCAUUCCCUCAAGACGUGGCAGCUGCCGCCGAGAGGGACGGCGGCGGCGGCGCUCCGGCAGCCGGUGCAGUCGCACCCCACGAAGCAGAGCAGCGCGUCGGCGCGACGUGGCGGACGCCUCUCCCGCCCCCGCCCCGGCCGCCCAUGCUGCUGGUGCUCCUCGUGGCCGUUGCUUUGGCCGCCAAGCGCUACGUGCGCCGACACGCCGCCGCGGUAGUAGCCGAUGCGGCGUUUGCCGCCGACGAC